AUGGAUGAAGAGUAUAAAGAUCAGAUUUCCAAAGAUCAAUUCAGUUCUCAUAAUCAAGAAAAUAUCGUUUCCGACCAGCCAAACAAUGUAGAUUUUGAAUCUCUCCACUAUUCAAUAUCUGCUGUUGUAAAUAAUUUGGACUUGCCUUCAAAUCUAGAAGUGAUCAAGGCAAAUAUCAAAAUAUCAACGAAAUUUAUUGCAAAUUUCAAUAAUCAAGACGUUUUUAAUUCAUUUAUUGAAAUUUUACAGACAAACAAAGCAGAAUGUGGCUUAAUCAUGAUUUCCAUCAUCGGGAGACUAUGGAAACUCGAAGAAAGUUUGGAUUCUGCUUUUAAUGACCUGCAAAUUCCAGAAAUUAUGAUUAGUUUAUUCAAAGAGAACCCAAUUCCAAAUAUUCAAUACAAAAUUACGAAAGCUCUUACUAAUUUUGCAGCAAUUUCGCAAAAUAAUAUUGAAAUUUUAAUAUCACUUGAUUUUUUAUCAUUACUCAAUAUGUUUAUUGUCGAAUCAGAUGGAUAUGAGACCAGGGAUGUUACUUGCGCUUUCAAAUUCCUUCAAAAUUUUUGUAAAUUCGGAAUUACUGAUUAUUCAUAUGAACUCAUGCAGUUUUUACCUCAUUUAUCCCAUUACAUUGUUAGUUCUGAGAAAAAACUACGAGAAUUGGCUUUCCAAUUGUUACAUCUUUUUUUAUCAAACGAAAUUUUGUUUGAAAGAAGUUGUUUGAUCAAUAUUCAGAGCCAGUUAGUUGAAUCUGCACGUUUAGACCUGAUACAGAACGAUUUAAUCCUGUUUUCAUGUGUUUACAAGUUUAUUGAAAACGGAUUUACGAAUUGCUUUGCUUCUGAUGACUUCAUUACAUCGAUAAACUGGCAUCUAGAGAACAGCGUUCGUUAUAACAUCAAAACAUCAAUCCUUAUCGUUUAUUAUAUGACUGAUAAGCAUUUCGAACUAAUUGAGAAGCACCACGUGUACGAAAGUUUGUUUUUGUUUGUUGACAGUUCUAUUUUUGAUAAUAAAUACUGGUCAAUCAAAACUAUUUGCAGAUAUUUGUCAAAAAGCAGUUAUGAUUACCAAGUUCAGUAUAUUGACAAACUUCUUGAUAGUAUACCUGAUUUCGUUGAGUCAUUAGAUGAGAAAACAAUCAUUGAUUUACUUUCAAUUUUAAUUAACUUAUUAACGAAUAAUAAUGAAGUCUACAAGCCAAUCAUGAUUGAUCUAGACUUACCAGAUAUAUUUGAUUCAGAUAUUGAUACAAAACUCGAUGAAACUGAUGAUUUAAUUUCACAAUUCUUAAAAUUCUUUGAAGAACCAGAGAAUUGA